AUGAGCUUGCAGGAGACAAUACUCCUUGCGACGCAACCACCAUCUGGCUCUGGUGCCGGCUCCCUGGUCUUGCAUGAUAUCCAAACGGGAGCUGCCCUAACAAAUUGGAAACAAACCAACGCCGGCGCGCGCUGCAAUGCUCUCGUGCCCGGCUCCAGCAGCGGACAUCUUGGCGGAGCGCUGCUCGCCGCGCAGCCUGACAAGGCUAUCCUGAACGUAUACACGUUUCAAAAGGACCAAAUCGCGCUCAAGACGGUGCUCCCUGAACGCCUGACUUGCCUCGCGGCCGACACGCGCGGGUUGCUAUGCGCGGGAGGUACCGCACAGGGCCGUAUCUAUCUCUGGGAGCUCGCGUCAGGCAUCAUGUGUCAUAGUUGGGAGGCCCACUACCGUUCUGUAUCUGUUCUACGCUUCACUCCGGAUGGAAACGCACUUGUAUCCGGCAGCGAAGAUGCAGGUGUGAGCGUAUGGUCAAUUCCGAGGCUUCUCGACGAGGAUGCGCAGGAGGCCGCGCCGACGCCAGUUGCGAAUCUCGGCGACCACACAUUACCUAUAACGGAUAUUGCCUGCGGGAUGGGCGUAUUCCCGAACUGCCGGAUCCUAACCGCCAGCGUCGAUCACUCCGUCAAGCUUUGGGAUCUUUCAACACAGACACUGCUUACGAGCUGGCUGCUUCCUUCACCCAUAACACAUCUUGCAUGGGACCCGACAGAACGGUUGUUCUUUGCCGCUGCGGACAACGCGAAGGGAGAUGUCUAUCAGGUCAACCUAUUCAGACGGAGAGACGAUGGGCGCGGCGAAGCCGUAGGUGGCGCCGGAGUUGCCGACAUCGUACGGAUCAGCGACGACGAAGCGAUUGAAUCUUCGCAGCGCAUCAUCAAUGUUGGCGAGCCUGUCUCUGCACUUGCGCUAUCAUUGACGGCGUCAUUGCUCCUCGUCGGCACGGCACCUGGUCUCGUGCAUGUUUAUGAUGUACGCUCGCAUCAGUUACUGCGCACCAUCUCGGUACACAAGGGCGCGCGCAUCGCGCAUCUUGAGGCGCUGGUCAAACCACCGGACCUCGUCGGUCAUGUCAGCCUUGUACGAGCUGCGAAUAACGAGGCGCCGCAGCCGCGACCUAUCGUUGCGUUACAGCGGACGCGAGAUCCGGCGUCCAGGACAAGAAGAGAUGUUUCGGUCGUUCUCGCUGCACGACCAAAGGACACAAUGGAGUCUAUCACCGCCCUCAACUUUCACGAACUUCUAUCGGACCACGCCUUCUUCGUACAGCCUACCCCGCUUACGCCCGCAGAGAACGCGCCAGUUCCGGCGGCCACUUCGGCGCGUGUCAACGAGUUGGAGGAAGAAGUCACGAAGCUCCGAGCACAGCUGGCGAAGGCGAAGAGCGUGAACGACGCUAUGUGGGAGAACGUUGUGACGCGCGCGGUGCGUGAGCGGCCGGCGGUUGCGCCUGUGGUCGAGGAGGGAGAGAGGGCUCGUAAGAGGGGACGGACAUAG